AGUUUUAAUUGCUUCCAAUGAGGUCAGCAAAGGUAUUUAUCGAAAAGCCCUGAAUAAAAGGCUCCACGCACACACACACAAGCUCACAUGCGCUCACAUACACAGAGAAAAUCCUCUUGCCUGUUGAUUUAUGGAAACAAUUAUGAUUCUGCUGGAGAAUUUCUCAGCUGAGAAAUAGUUUGUAGCUACAGUAGAGAGGCUCAAGUUGCACAGGGCAGACAACAGACAUGGAAUUCUUGUGUAUCCAGCUGUUAUCAACAGAACAAAAGUCAAGUAGCAAACAGCAACGCAGCAACUGAGCUUAUUACAACCUGUUUUUAUAAGGAUAUACUGACAGAGAGUUAUUUAAGGAGGAAUUCUAUAUUGUUAUCAGGAACUAAAAGGAUAAGGCUAACAACUUGGAGAGUGCAACUACUCUUUCUUAAAUCAAUCUACAGUUCACAGAUAGGACGAGGUCAAUGACCUAGGAACAACAAUCAACUCAAGAUUUAAUUUUCAUUAUGUUAUUCAUGAACACCCGGGGCACUAUACUAUAAUGCGCAAAUGGAUACUGACAUGGAUCCUGCCAAGUUUGCUCUACAGAUCAUGCUUCCACAUUAUCUGUCUAGUGGGCACUAUAUCUUUAGCUUGCAAUGACAUGACUCCAGAGCAAAUGGCUACAAAUGUGAACUGUUCCAGCCCUGAGCGACAUACAAGAAGUUAUGAUUACAUGGAAGGAGGGGAUAUAAGAGUGAGAAGACUCUUCUGUCGAACACAGUGGUAUCUGAGGAUUGAUAAACGAGGCAAAGUCAAAGGGACCCAAGAGAUGAAGAAUAAUUACAACAUCAUGGAAAUUAGGACAGUGGCCGUUGGAAUUGUAGCAAUCAAAGGAGUGGAAAGUGAAUAUUAUCUUGCAAUGAACAAGGAAGGAAAACUCUAUGCAAAGAAAGAAUGCAAUGAAGAUUGUAACUUCAAAGAAUUAAUUCUGGAAAACCACUACAACACAUAUGCAUCAGCUAAAUGGACACACAGUGGAGGAGAAAUGUUUGUUGCCUUAAAUCAAAAGGGGGUUCCUGUAAGAGGGAAAAAAACGAAGAAAGAACAAAAAACAGCCCACUUUCUUCCUAUGGCAAUAACCUAAUCAUAUAUGGCAUAUAAGAAACCAGUUCCAGCAGGGAGAUUUCUUUAAGUGGACUGUUUUCUUCCUUUUUUCUUUUCUUUUUUUUUUUUUUUAAGUAACCAAGAAAGGCUGGAAAACUACUGAAAAACUGAUCAAGCUGGACUUGCGCAUUUAUGUUUAUUUUAAGAGACUGCAUUAAAGAAAGAUUUGAAAAAAUAUACACAAAAAUCAGAUUUAGUAACUAAAAGUUGUAAAAAAUUGUAAAACUGGUUGUACAAUCAUGAUGUCAGUAAUAGUAAUGUUUUUUCUUAAAUUAAUUUACCCUUAAGACUGUUAGAUUUGAUUAUCUGAUAAUGAUUAUUUAAAUAUUCCUAUCUGCUUAUAAAAUGGCUGCUAUAAUAAUAAUAAUGCAGAUGAUGUUAUAUAAGAUGUGUCAGACCUAAAAGCUGCUGGAAUGAUUUGUCAGAUAAUCAAGCCAACACUAACUAUGGAAGAUGAGCAGUAUCUGAAUGCUUUCUAGUGAAAAAUUAUGAACCACUUAAAUUCUAAUCAGAAAAGAAGGAAUAUUCUCAAAAAUUCUAUUAUGGAAAUGAAUCAAAGAGGUAGUUUUACAAGAGUAUAAGAUUAGAACAUGCUUGUACCUAUUAACAAGAACAAAAUUCCUAAUGCUGCUCCCAACUGAAAGGGUAUUGUUUAAAGGAUGUUUUCAAAAAUCUUGUAUAUAAAAUAGCGAUAAUGAUAAUACUGUACUUCAUCUCACUCACCACAAAAUAACAUUUUAUAAUCCCUAAAAGUAAAAUUCAAAAAUCUUUUAUGUUUUUUUCAAGUAACAUAAUCUAUCUUUUGUAUAAUUCAUAUUCGGGAAUAUGGCUUUUAAUAAUGUUCUUCCCACAAAUAAUCAUGCUUUUAUCCUGUGGUUACCGCAUUAAACUCUAUUUUAAGUUGUAUUUGAACUUUACUGUUUUGUUAUUUAAGUUUAUGUUAUUUAUAAAAAAAAACGUUAAUAUGCUGUAUCUGUUUCAUAUGCUUUUAAUUCUAAAGCAAUAACAAAACCGUCUGGCUCAAUUGCAAGUUCCCCCUCCCCGUCCUGAGCAACACCAAGUCUAGUACACAGCACUCAGGCCAGCAAAUCCUGGACAGCAGACAAAAAUGACAGCUUGCAGCAAUUCUUACAAUAGAUGUCUCACAGGGAACAAUACAAAAAUGUGAAAUAUGUUUUGCCACAUACUCUUGUCAACUAAAUUGGAUCUUAUAAGUAAAAUCACUGUAGAUAAAAGAACUUACAUGAUUUUAAAGUUAAACUAUAUUUGAGUUCAUGAGUAGAAUAGUACAACAUUUUAAAAAUAUGCAUAUUUAAAGUUAGUAGUUUUUCUAAUCUCUAGAAAUCUCUGCCAUUCAAAAUAUGGCAGCAUUGAAAGUUGUUUUCCUGUUCAAUAGCAAGAGCACAAUGCCCAAAGUAGAGUCUAUACUUAGGGAUCCGAGGCCCUGAAUAGCAAUGAAGGCUUGAGGUCAGGCUACAGAUAACGGACUUAUUGAAAAGAUAAAUUUCUACUUCAUAAUUCUGGCAUUGGCAGAUCUUGUUAGCACUUUAAUGUUCAUCAGUAGAAGGCCAACAUUUAUUGAAAUUAAAUUGGUGGUAUGCUAAUAAGGGUGGUUUUAAUUUCAAAAUAUUUGUCUUUUAAGUCCCUUUAUUUUAUACAAAUAUUAACUGAUAAUACAUUUAUAAGAGAGAGUUACAUGAAAAGGCUAUGUUAACAGAAAUAGGUUCAUUUGAUUUCCUUGUGACUCAACCUACAUGAUGAGGCUGCAGGAAGCUAGAAAAAAUUGCCCUUCCUCAGAUAUACUCUGGGGAAAUGCCAUGAAUGAUAUUCUUAACUGUUGUAUGAGUCAAGGGCCUUGCUAGCCUAGGUUCCUAGAUCAGGCUUCUGUUACUGGUGUCUUGUGAACAUACUGAGAGCAGAAGAGGACCUA